AUGAAUUUUAUGAACAAAUCAGUAUGGAUGCUUAUAGUGUUUAUAGGAGGUCAGUUGUUAAUAUCAACUCAAGCUCAAUUACAAGUUAAUGAUACUGAUAAUGAAAUUGAGGUGAAUAAGAAAAGUGAAAUUUUGUCUAGAAGAAAAAGGUUUAUCAUAUUUCCCGAAGGCAGUUCUUUACAAUUGGUAUUCUGCACAACGUACGCAAUGAUCUUCAGAAUUGGAGACAUCUUUCUGUACGGGUCGACAGCUGCGUUGGCCUGGGAGUUACCUCAGGACCCAUAUUCGCCGUUCAACCAUAAAGCUGAUCCACUCCAUCGAAGAGUUGAUACCAAAGUGAUAUACUAUACUAAUGAAAAUGGACAGAUUAUUGAUAAGAAGCCGUACCACAGAAAACCCAUAGUGAAUCCUGCUUUCGCAAAACGCAGUGUGGACCAAGAGGACAAAAAAGAAACUUUCGAGAAAUCGAAAAUAGACAGGAAACAGAUGCAUGCUUUGGAAAACAAACGGGAAUAUUUGAACGAAGGCAUGAUGCAGCAGAGCGUCGAAUUUCACAGAAGCAGUCGUGCCUCACUCUACCAGAAAAUAGAAACGAUGCUACAUGGUCUUGGUGUGAACGGUAAGCACUGUGUGCUGAAAUCUUUAUGCCUGGUCGGUCAAACGCAGGAUCAUCCUCAAGGCAUGUUCUUCCAAGAAAUAAUGAGAGCGGUUUUCACUUUACCGAAAAACUCUGUGGGCGUUGAAGACAAACACGCGGCAUACGACGCAGCUCUCUCAGCCACGGGUUCCUGUGAUGAACUGUAUCCAGAAUUUUUACAGACAGUAAUUAGUGAAAAUGUUAGGGACAAUGGAAAUAAUACGGCAAAUGAAUUCCACGAGGAAAAUGAAGGAUCAAGAGCGUUGUCGAGACGAAAGAGAUUCGUAAUAUUUCCAGAUGGAAGCUCUCUACAACUGGUAUUUUGCUGUCAGACCAUGGCGUUGAUCCCCAUUGGAGACAUCUUCCUCUUCGGCAGCACCCUCGGUCUCGCCUGGAACCUGCCCACUGACCCCAGCAUAUUCACCAAUUUGAAGGAAUACGAGAGACCUUUGAGAAGAAAUGACGUGGUCAAAACUAUCAACUACUUGGAUGAAGAUGGACAUCUGAUUGCUAAAGUUCCUUAUAAAAAGAGAAUCAUAGUGAAUCCAGCUUUCGCCAAAAGAAGCAUAGAAGACGAUGACACACUAUCUUUCAAAGAAAAACUAAAAUUAAAAAUAGAUCGAAAGAAGAUGCAUGAGAGGCAUUUGAAAUUAGAUUAUUUGAAGGCCCAGCAUUUAGACAAGAACAGUAUAGAGUUCCAUAGAAGUAAUCGAGUGGAUCUGUAUGAGAAAAUAGAGAAAUUGUUAUCUGCGACGGGUCGCGAUGGACGUCAAUGCGUCCUGUACAGACUAUGUGAGGCAGCGAAGCGGCCUACGAGUCAGGGGACGUUUAUUCAGGAGUUCUUCAGAGCUGUGUUUACGUUACCCAAAGGAGAAGAAUUCCAAUACGAUGAACUGAAGGAGUACGACACAGCCCACGUUGAGACUGAUGACUGUUCGGCACGGUACCCUGGAUGCGAAGACUUGCAUGAAUCGAUAUCAAUAUAA